AUGCCGGACAGCUCGACGGCCCUCAUUGAUUUCCUCUUAGACGUGGGUCCGAAGCGUCUGCAUGAAGUGGACCAGGUGCUCCUUGCAAGCUCGAGUUCAACGACGUCAUACCUGGCCACGCAGCUUGACCGCGAGACAUUGCUACUGGACAAUCUCUCGAGGGGUUUGAAGUCACGCCGGAACGAAUGCAGCGGCUUGUUGAGGCUACCUCCGGAGAUACUGGGCGAAAUAUUGACAUUGGCUAGCCGCGCCGACCCUCCUCACGCCCGCGCAUUGGACAGCCACGGGCCUCGAGGUGCUGAUUCAAGGAAGGGGGAAGCAGGGCAUUUAGGCUGGGUCACCCUUGGGCACAUCUGUCGGCACCUGAGAGAACACCUCUUAUCUCUCCGGGCGCUUUGGGCAGCAAUUGCCUUCACACUCCCGAACCAAAGGGCGGAGAAGGAGAUUCUCCGGCGCGCCAAAGACGUACCUUUGGUCAUCAGCCUUAACGAUGGCUAUCACACCCCUUUGCAUCACAAAGAUACGGCACAAAAACGCUUCAAGGACGCACGAGUCAUCACCAUAGGCGACGCCGUCCCACAGCUAUCAUCCUAUUUCUGGCACUUUUCACCCAAGGACCUGAAAGACAUGUCUUUCCCGCUUCUAGAAGAGCUCACACUGAAGAUGUUCGAACGCGUGGGCCCGUCGCAGACACACAUGAAACCAGAUAUCUAUACCCUUCCUCCGAUAGACGCACCCCGACUACGUCGAUUGGCCCUUCAGGAUUAUUUUAUACCCUUCAAUCCUACAAACUUGACAUCUCUCGAGCUCGUCUAUCUCUUUCAUCCUUCGGAUGACGAGCUCCCGCCACCCGCGCAAUUCUGGGAAAUGCUCAGCGGUUGUCUGAACCUUCGCCGGCUAUCUCUCGAAUCAUGCUUGCCGGAUAUCACGUUAACCACGAACGAGCCAUCUGCCGCAAUACACUUGAUGCAUCUCCGAGAAGUCAGGAUCGCCGACACGAUUGACCGUGCGAGAGCUCUCUGGAGUCACAUCCGCAUACCGACAUCGACCAACAUCGAGCUUCGACUAAGCGCUACAUGGGGGCGCGCUACCGACUCCCCAGGCCCGGAAGAUCUUACGAGCCACGAGACAAGCUUCUUCAGGUUCAUCACUGCCCUCGCGCCUCACGUCCGUGCCGCUGCCACGACACGUCCAAUAUACGGUCUCGGUGCCUAUGACGACGUUCAGGAUGGAGACGGCGCACACUUUGUGCUUGCGACGCGUGUCCCCGGCGCAUUCUUCCAGGACCAGACCGGUCCCUUUGCGCACGACACGGAGUUCAUGCUCGCCAUGAGCCUUACUUCGCCGAUCUCGACCUACGUUCACGUAGAUAUCUUCAACAUGCUACGCCGCGUCAUCACCGACUACUCCCUCGACGCGAUCGAUGUAUUCGAGUUCGUGAACUCACAUUCAUAUGAGGAGUCGCGCGUGAUAGAAACGUUGCAAUCUCUAUCAACCGUUCGCACCCUAGUUCUGGACUCCUUCCCAGAUCUCGCGCAGGUACUCGGCGUUUGGAACGUCGUCUUCUCCCCGAGUACACCCGAUCAUACACGCCCGUUGCUCUUUCCAAACCUUCACACGCUCUGGUUGCUCGAGGUCAGUUACACUACGGAUGACGAAGAAGAGGAAGCCUUGAUUCGGCGAGAGUUCGGCGACGAGCUUGAACAUUCAGCCUUGUCACCGUGGGCGCAACUGGCAGAAGGGCUCGCCUUGCGUAGCACGCGUGGUGCACGUCUGCAGCGCCUGGUCGUGCCCGUGUGGCAUACGAAUGAGAAGUCCGAGGACGCGAGCGAGAGAAUGAUCGUGCGCUUGGAAGAAUACGUCGAGAGCGUCAAGGUUACCUUCAAGAUACGGAAAGGGGCUUCCCCCGGCGGUGGUCCCUACUUGCACAACCCUGGCGCUAUACUCAACGGGUUGAACCUCCCGGGUCCGCAUCCUUUCCCAAUGCAGGGUCUCCUCGACUUUUGA